GACAACGAAGAAAUUACUUCGUGAUACUCGCUUUGUGAAUAAUUCGAAAAAGUCAUUCGAAUUCUCGAUUUAAAUGCCACAAUACAGGCAUCGGUAAAAUCGAGGUUAGACUCAACGACGACAUCUUGAUUUUUAAAAAUGAUCUCUAGAAUAAUACAUAAUAUUAUCGGUAUAAACGUACCGAAACAAGGGGACACGCGGCAUCCACGAAAAAGUAACGACUCGUAGCGGAGACCCGGGAGCAAUGAGGACCAUAUUGCUUCUGCGAACGGGGGACUUACUUGAUGGAAGAGAGAAAGAGAGAGAGAGAGGAAGAUAGAAUAUACUCGCGACGAAGUCGAACGAAGGGUGACGGAAAGAGCCGAAGGUAGUUCGGUGAACGUUCACGCGAAAGAGAGAGAGAGAGAGAGAGAGAGAGAGAGAAAGAGAGAGAAUUGGCUAUAGGGUCCCAGCAGUGGGGUAGGAGAACCGAAUGACGAAGAAGGAACGAUAAAAUAGAGAGAGAGAGAGAAAGAGAGAGAAAUAUAGUCGUGUAGAGACCGUAGAACGAGUCGACUGGGGAGAGCUGGGCCCGUACUUUGAAGGGGGAGGGUAGGCCACGAUUGUGGCGCCCUCUGAGCGGCUCUAUCCGGAAGAUAAGCUUAGUUCAUCGCUAGUCGCUCGAGAAGGACGUACGUUCGUGUGUUUCUCUGUCGAACUCAUUGAGUUUGAACCACCUUACACAGUGGAUACUCGGAGACGUAACUCCUGAGAUUAGGCGCGAAAAUAAGUGUUCGACGUAAAAUUUGUGUUUGCUCGUGGGUGGUUUAAAGGGAAGACUCGUUCGGUGAUACGUCGUCGCGUAAUAUUAACUCGAAAAAAAAUAUAUAUAUUUUUGUUCUUUUUCAAUCGAGUCCUUCUCGUGGCAAUAACCUUCCCAAGCGUUUUGCCAUUGUGCAUAUUCGAUUUCUUCGUAUCGAAUAAGAUUAUUUCAUCGAAAUCUUUCGACUUAAAUGACUGAGAUGGAGUGUCCUCGAGAUAACUUUUAUUAUCGAGUACCGGGAAGAUAAGUUUCUUUUAAUUUUCUUCUAUCCUUAACGUGUUACUAUCAAGGUGUUUAACGUGUGAACAAAGGUGAAUGAUCGAUAAUCAAUUAUUAUUAUUAUUAUCGUGUUCGGUCAGUGCUCCGUGUAUUAUUGUCGUUUGGCUGUGAUCAUUGGUGUUUAUAUUAUUGGAAGGAUAGAUUAAGGAUAAGAGAAGGAGAUUGUGAAUUGUCAUCAAUGGAGAAUGGCGUAAACAUUAGCGAAGGUGUCGUCGAAAUAUGAGGAGUACGUCUUCCUGCGUCUCGAGGACACCGAUUACCAGUGAAAAUGGAUAUCACGUACAUCUUUUUGGUGCUUCUACUGGUGCUACGCGUGAGAUGCAUGUGUUCGAGCGGUUACACAGGACAGAACUGCGAAAACGAAUACAUUCCCUGCGAUCCAUCGCCGUGUCAAAACGGAGGCUCGUGUCGGUCGAUCGACGAACUCGAAUACCAGUGCUUGUGUCCCGAAGGUUUUCGCGGUAAACAUUGCGAGGAGAACAUCGACGACUGUCCGGGAAAUCUUUGUCAAAACGGUGCGACCUGUAUCGACAGGGUAAACGAAUAUUCGUGUCUUUGUCCACCAACGUUCACCGGCACGCAAUGCGAGUUAGACGUCGACGAAUGUUCGACGCGACCUUCGGUGUGUCACAACGGUGCAACUUGCACGAAUUCGCAUGGCAGUUAUUCUUGCAUAUGUGUCAAUGGCUGGACUGGACCUGAUUGCAGCGUCAAUAUCGAUGAUUGUGCUGGUGCAGCCUGUUUCAAUGGUGCGACAUGUAUCGAUCGUGUCGGAAGUUUUUAUUGUCAGUGCACCUAUGGAAAAACAGGUCUUUUAUGCCAUCUCGACGAUGCCUGCACAUCGAAUCCUUGUCACGAGGGAGCAAAUUGCGACACUAGUCCGAUCAAUGGCUCCUUCACUUGUUCCUGUGCUACUGGUUAUAAGGGUGUCGACUGUUCCGAAGAUAUCGACGAGUGCGAACAAGGUUCUCCUUGCGAGCACGACGGAAUUUGCGUGAAUACGCCCGGCUCCUUUGCUUGUAACUGCACGCAAGGAUUCACAGGACCGAGAUGCGAGACGAACGUGAACGAGUGCGAGUCCCACCCUUGUCAAAAUGACGGUUCCUGUUUGGACGAUCCUGGAACGUUUCGUUGCGUCUGCAUGCCCGGUUUCACGGGAACCCAAUGCGAGAUAGACAUCGACGAAUGCGCUGCAAAGCCUUGCCUGAACAACGGAAUUUGCACCGAUCUCAUAAACUCAUUCAAGUGUACCUGUGCCGAUGGUUUUGCUGGUUCACAUUGCCAAAUCAACAUCGACGAUUGCGCUUCAUCGCCAUGCAAGAACGGUGGAACGUGUCAGGAUUCGAUAGCAAAGUAUACGUGCGAAUGUCCACCAGGAUUCACUGGUGCAUCCUGCGAGACAAACAUAAACGAUUGUCAAUCGAAUCCUUGUCACAGUGGCAACUGCAUCGAUGGCGAGAACAGCUUCAGUUGCAGUUGUUUCCCAGGUUUCACUGGCAGACUAUGUCAAACCCAAAUCGACGAAUGCGAGAGCAAUCCUUGCCAGUUUGGUGGACGUUGCGAGGAUAGGAUCAAUGGUUAUCAAUGUAUAUGCAGACCUGGAACUUCUGGUACCAACUGCGAGGUCAACGUCAAUGAAUGCUAUAGUAAUCCAUGUAGGAACGGGGCUAGAUGCAUUGAUGGUAUCAACAGAUACUCAUGCGAAUGCGAGCCUGGUUUUACCGGACAACACUGUGAAACGGAUAUAAAUGAAUGCGCAAGCAAUCCUUGUGCAAAUGGUGGCCGAUGCAUUGAUCUAAUAAAUGGUUUUAGAUGCGAGUGUCCUCGCGGUUAUUACGAUGCAAGAUGUCUCAGUGAUGUCGACGAAUGUGCUAGCAACCCCUGUGUAAACGGUGGUACCUGUGAAGAUGGAGUCAACCAAUUUAUUUGCCAUUGCUUACCUGGUUAUGGUGGCAAAAGAUGCGAAGCUGACAUCGACGAGUGUGGCUCGAAUCCUUGCCAACACGGUGGCACUUGUAACGAUCAUCUCAAUGGUUAUAGUUGCAAGUGUUUACCCGGUUAUGCUGGCACAAAUUGUGAAACCAACGUCGACGAUUGCGCUAACAAUCCGUGUCAAAAUGGUGGAUCUUGCAUCGAUCUUGUAAACGAUUACAAAUGCGUUUGCGAGUUACCUCAUACCGGUAGAAACUGCGAGGACAAGUUGGACCCUUGUUCGCCUAACAAGUGUUUACACGAUGCAAAAUGUUCACCUUCGUCCAACUUCCUCGACUUCGCUUGUACUUGUACCGUAGGUUACACUGGCAGAUUGUGUGACGAAGAUGUCGACGAGUGCAUUAUGACGUCCCCGUGUCGAAAUGGUGCCACUUGCAGGAACACUAAUGGAUCUUAUCAAUGCGUCUGUGCUAAAGGCUACGAAGGCCGGGAUUGCAUAAUCAACACCGAUGAUUGUGCAUCAUAUCCAUGCCAGAAUGGUGGAACUUGUUUAGACGGAAUCGGUGACUAUACUUGUCUAUGCGUUGAUGGUUUCAACGGUAAACAUUGUGAAGUGGAUGUCAAUGAAUGUCAAUCGCAGCCUUGUCAAAAUGGAGCAGUUUGCAAGGAGUACGUAAAUUCGUAUACAUGUCAAUGUCAACUUGGCUUUUCCGGUAUAAACUGUCAAACGAACGACGAAGAUUGCACUGAUAGCAGUUGUAUGAAUGGUGGCAAGUGUAUCGACGGAAUAAACAACUAUACUUGCGUUUGCAAACCUGGCUAUACUGGCUCGAAUUGUCAAUACCGUAUAAACGAGUGUGAUAGUUCGCCUUGUCUAAACGGUGCCACUUGUCACGAUCAUGUGCAAUAUUAUACGUGCCAUUGUCCUUAUGGCUAUACCGGUACGAGAUGCGGCGAAUACGUAGACUGGUGUGCUGAUAAUCCCUGUGAAAAUGGAGCAACGUGCGUACAACACAAUAACAAAUACCACUGUAACUGUUCACCAGGUUGGACCGGCAAGGUUUGUGACGUAGAAAUGGUUUCGUGCAAGGACGCUGCUAUUAGGAAAGGUGUGCUUGAAAAGAAUCUUUGUAAUAACGGUACAUGCGAAGAUAUUGGAAACAGUCAUCGGUGUCAUUGUAUCGAAGGCUACACUGGUUCUUAUUGUCAAGAAGAAAUCGAUGAAUGCGAAUCCGCUCCUUGUCAAAACGGAGCAACCUGCAAAGAUUUAGUCGGUUCAUAUCAAUGCCAAUGUACAAAAGGUUUCCAAGGACAAAAUUGCGAACUCAACGUUGACGAUUGUAGACCAAAUCCUUGUCAAAAUGGCGGCACAUGUCACGAUCUGAUCAAUAAUUUUAGUUGCUCCUGUCCACCGGGUACACUUGGAUUUUUAUGCGAGAUCAACGUAGAUGAUUGCGUGGUUGGCGCUUGUCACAAUAAUGGAACAUGUACUGAUAAAGUUGGUGGAUUCGAAUGUAAAUGUCCGCCAGGUUUUGUAGGGCCAAGAUGCGAAGGUGAUAUCAACGAAUGUUUAUCGAAUCCUUGUGCUUCACCUGGUACUCAAGAUUGCGUCCAGCUUGUAAACAACUAUCAUUGCAACUGCAAACCUGGUUACAUGGGUCGCCACUGCGAAGUAAAAGUUAAUUUCUGCGAUAGUUCACCUUGUCAGAACGGUGGUGUAUGUGCUGCCAAACAAGCUGGUCACACAUGUAUCUGUCCUAACGAUUAUCAUGGGAAGAAUUGUGAAUUUGCUGGCUCUUACUGUGAUACGGAACCUUGUUUGAACGGUGGUACCUGCCGGAUAACUGAAACAGAAAUAGGCUAUAGAUGUCAUUGUCCACCGGGCACAACAGGCACUCACUGUGAAAUUGAUGCUAGAGAUGAGUGUGCUAGUAAUCCUUGCCAACAAUCAGACGCCGUUUGCGAAAAUCUUCUUGGAGAUUACACUUGUUAUUGUCCACCAAAAUGGACUGGCAAGAAUUGUGAAAUUUACGAUCCAAAUUAUAGAGGUGGCGUAUUCGGUAGACCGAAUUCAAACAUUCCAAAGAACAUGAACGCAUACGAUCUCGACUUGGAACGCGAAAGGAAACGAUGCAUCGAAAAUCGUUGCGAAGAAAAGUCUGGAAAUCAUCACUGCGACGAGGAAUGUAAUAGAUACGCAUGUAAUUUCGACGGGAACGAUUGUUCUCUCGGUAUUAAUCCUUGGAGAAACUGUACCGCUCCGAUAAACUGUUGGGAUGUCUUCAUGAACGAUGUUUGCGAUGAAGUAUGCAACAACGCUCAGUGUCUCUUCGAUGGAAGAGACUGCGAGAGAAAAUUAGCACCUUGCAAUCCGAUAUACGAUGCGUAUUGUCGAAAACAUUAUGCCAAUGGCUAUUGCGACUAUGGAUGUAACAACGAGGAAUGUAAUUGGGAUGGCUUGGAUUGUGACGGAAAACCACCCUCUUUAGCUGAAGGUGUUAUUUCUGUGGUAGUCAGAAUGGACAUGCAGACUUUUCGUUCUAACGUAGUGGCAUUCCUACGGGAUAUCGGUCACGAAUUAAGAACUACGUUACGUGUGAAACAAGACGAGCUUGGUAACGACAUGAUAUAUCCCUGGAAAAGAGAACGAGAACCAAGUUUACAAACGAACUUCUUUGGUAGACAAGCGACGAUCUAUACGAAUAGUCAAAGUGGUGUGAUAGCGUAUCUAGAGAUUGAUAAUAGAAAAUGUACAGUAACACAGGGUGCCGUAUGCUUUCCAUCAGCCAACGAAGCAGCAGAAUAUUUAGCUGCUACAGCCUCGAAACAUUCUCUUUCGAGAAAUUUCCCUAUCGAACAAGUUCGAGGAGUUGUUGGUCCGCAAGGUCCAGAAUAUCCUGAUACACCAACAAAUUACAAGUAUGUCUUCAUUGGUGUCAUUAUCGUGAUAGUCGGAGGUAUGCUUGUGGGAGUUUUAGUGACAGCGCAAAGGAGACGAGCAGUUGGAGUGACAUGGUUCCCAGAAGGUUUCCUACGAACCAAUAGUGGAAGUGGUCAAAGACGUAGAUCACGUCGAAGAGGUCCCGAUGGACAAGAAAUGCGUAAUCUCAAUAAACAACCAUCGGUGAAUUGUAUGGAUCUCGAUGUAGGAAAUGGCCGAGCACAACAAUGGUCGGACGACGAAUCGGAUCUUCCACCAUCGAAACGAAUGCGAGCUAUCGAACCUGGCUAUGCAAGCGAUCACACGGCUAUCACCGAUUACGAAGAAACGGAACCAAGAAUGUGGACUCAACAACAUUUGGACGCAGCAGAGAUACGAACCAGACCGGAUGCAGGAGUUUUAACACCGCCUAGUCUCGAGCAUGGUCAAGAUGUAGAUGCUAGAGGACCAUGUGGAAUGACUCCGUUAAUGGUAGCCGCUGUACGUGGAGGUGGUCUUGACACUGGAGAAGAGGAAGAUGAAAGCGAUGGUACUGCAGCUGUGAUCGCUGAUCUCGUGGCACAAGGUGCUGAUUUAAAUGCUACUACCGAUAAAAGCGGUGAAACUUCGCUCCAUCUCGCUGCUAGAUACGCCAGAUCAGAUGCAGCUAAGCGUCUGUUGGAUGCUGGAGCUGAUGCUAACUCUCAAGAUAAUACCGGUAGAACGCCUCUCCAUUCAGCCGUCGCUGCGGAUGCGAUGGGAGUAUUCCAAAUUCUUCUUAGAAAUAGAGCAACGAAUCUUAACGCUCGAAUGCACGAUGGUACCACUCCCUUGAUAUUGGCUGCACGUUUAGCAACCGAAGGAAUGGUGGAGGAUCUGAUUAAUGCCGAUGCCGAUAUAAACGCUGCUGAUAAUAGCGGUAAAACUGCUCUUCACUGGGCCGCAGCUGUUAAUAAUGUAGAUGCUGUUAACAUAUUACUUGUCCAUGGUGCGAACAGAGACGCACAGGACGACAAAGACGAGACUCCGCUGUUCCUCGCUGCAAGAGAGGGCAGCUUCGAAGCUUGUAAAGCUUUACUCGAUACAUUCGCCAACAGAGAAAUUACAGAUCAUAUGGAUCGAUUACCGAGAGAUGUAGCCAGCGAAAGGUUACAUCAUGAUAUCGUCAGAUUACUAGACGAACACGUACCUAGAUCACCUCAAAUGAUGAACGUUAUGCCGAAUGGUCCUCUAAUAGGAUCCCCAAAUCAUCCUCAACUUAUCACACAUCCAACUGUCAUCGGUUCCGCGCCGAAACAAGCGAAAUCGAAGAAACGACCAAAAACUGGUGGUACGGGGAACCCAAACAGUCCAGAAUCAGAAGGUGCAGUGGUGGUCAUGAGGCGAAAGCCAUCGGUAAAGAAGCCACCGGCGAAGCGUGGCGCUCAGCCCCCAAACCAGGAAAUCCCUCAGGGAGCGGAGGGAGCCGAGGGGAACCUACCAAGCCCGUACGACAGUGCGAGCCUUUACAGUAACGCCUUGCCGUUAGUGGGUCAUACGGCGACAGCGAAACAACCACCACCGUACGAGGAUUGUAUAAAGGGACAAUCCAUACAAGGCUUGCAACAGCUCGGUCUUGACACGUUCACGAAUAACUACGGGCUGCCAAAUUUUCACGAUCAACUAUUAGCCUCGCAUCAGAGACAAACGCAGGGUAUGGUGAACACGUUAUCGCCACCGUACAGCAAUCAGUCACCGCCACAUUCAGUACAGUCAAACAUGACGCUCUCUCCUCAAGCGAGCUACAUGGGCUCGCCCUCGCCAGCAAAGAGCCGGCCGUCACUUCCCACAUCACCAACGCACAUCGCCGCCAUGAGACAGGCGACGCAUCAAAAACAUGGAGGCAUGCCACCGGUGGGGUUCGAUUUUGAGAAUUUACCUUAUUCCAGUCAACAACAACAACAGCAACAACAACAACAGCAGCAGCAGCAACAACAACAACAACAACAACAGCAGCAGCAGCAGCAGCAACAACAACAACAGCAGCAGCAACAGCAACAGCAGCAACAACAGCAACAACAACAACAGCAGCAGCAGCAACAACAACAACAACAGCAGCAACAGCAAAGUACGCAACAACAACAGCAACAAACACAACAGUACUAUCAAUACUUGACGCCACCGUCCCAUCAUUCCGGAUCGGAUGUCACGCCGCAACAUUUAAUGCAAGCACCGGAAAGUUUUCCGACGCCUUCACCGGACAGCCCCGGACAUUGGUCCUCGAGCUCGCCUCACUCGAACAGCGAUUGGUCCGAGUGCAUGGCCUCGCCGAACGCCUACGGUGCUGGCGGUGGAGCUCAUCAAAGUAACAAGGGCUCGGAGGCAAUCUAUAUAUGAAACGAGCAAACGCUCUCCUUCUCGCGCGAGUAGAUCGUAGCUUGUAGCUGUAGGAAAAAUAAGAAGAUACAAAUAGAAAAAGAGAGAAAGAGAGAGAUAGAGGGAGAGAGAAAGGAAGAAAGAGUACGUACUGUGAUUAGCUCGUCGAGAUCGAGAGCAAUAGUUGUUUCGUUAGCAUGAGAGCAUAUACGAGCCUCCGAGGAGGCCAUUAUAUAACAAGAAAUUGUGCCUUCGAGUGCUAUAUAGUGUGUUAGAUAAGUAUACGUAGGAGAAUGUAUUAAAUUAUGUGUUUCGAAAAGCACAAUGUUUCCUAAUGGCCUUUUAAUGAAUACGUUUUUUACUGGUUUUGUGCGAAUUGUAAGAUAUAUAUAAAGCGUGUGUGUCUGGUUGAGGAGAGCGUCAGAAAGUUUUGUCUUUUCUUUUCAUUUUUUUGUAUAUUUUUUUUGUUUCUGUAUUUUUUUUUUUUUUUCUUUUCUUUUUCUUUUCUUUUCGUACGAUCGCUUAUGAGCGUGUUGUUCCAUACACAAACAUUCCAUACGUAUGGCAUUCUUUUUCUAGUUUUUUCAUACUUCCUCGAUGUUAUUCCUAUCGAGAGGUACGAUCCAUCAUCUUAACAAAGGUAGUAUAAUUAUUAAUGUUUAAUUUUUUCAACAAAUAUGGAUCAUUUUUAAAUUUAGAGUGCAUCGAUGGGUGUUAAUACGUUUCUCUGACCUCUCUUCUACCCGAAGUAGCCGAAAGAGAGUUUAAAUAAUAAGAAUUUGCGGCGCAGUUAAACGGUACGCAUAAUAGAUACUAUAGAUUGUUGUGAGAGAAAAGAGAUUAUUAUUAUUAUUAUUAUUAUUAUUAUUAUUAUUAUUAUUAUUAAUAUUAUUAUUAUUAUUAUAUUAUAUUAUAUUAUAUUAUCAUCAUUAUUAUUAUCAUCAUCAUCAUUAUUAUUAUUAAAAUAUUAUUAUUAUUAUUAUUAUUAUUAUUAUUAUUAUUAUUAUUAUUAUUAUUAUUAUUAUUAUUAUUAUUAAUUAUUAUUAGUAUUAUUCGAAAAAGUAUAGUUCUUCGCGCGCUUGCAAUAUGUCGCCAGUGACACGUUCGAAAAGUAAAAAAAGGACAUAUUGGAAUCGGGAUUCACGUAGAACUAUUAACUCAACUUCUACUUUAUAAAAAAAAAAAUAAUUUGUAAAUAGUAUCUUCUCCCCUUCUUUUUCCCCAUUCCGCUCUGCAACUCACUUUGCACCCUAUCGAGUACUUUUAUAUAAUUACCUUUUCUCUCGAUUUUGUACAUUAUUUUACAUGUUUUUUAUAAAAUGUAAGUUAGCCGUUUUUUAUUAUAAGAUGAUUCGUAUGCCGUAACCAUAUCAUUCUCUCUUCAACAACAUAGUAAUGAACUAUUAAUUUCUUGUUGCGUUAAGAAUUUAUUAUAGCUAUCUUUAGUGCUGUUCUGAAUUACACAGUAGCAUAAAAGAAAGUUCUCUUCCUAUAUAAGAAAUUUAAGGGACCUACAUAAUACUUGUGCCUAUAUCGUAAAGUUACGCAUCGAAAGAAAUGAGAGAAAUUCUAUAUUUAUAUAUGGCUUUUAUCUCGAUCUUAUAGAGUAUCUUUAUGCGAUUGCCCUUAUAUUGCCGAAAUUUAUGCGGGUACUGCCAAAUACAUGACAAUAAAAAUACGAAGAGAAGAAACGUGUAUGUAUUUUUGUAAGAUUUAUACGAGAUAGAAAAUUAUGAAUCGAACUUUAGCGUGUUCGCUAACAAACGAGCACGAUAAUCUUAUUUCGCGUGUAACGAGAAUAUAAUGUUUCUAGAAAAGACAAAAAAAAAGAAAGAAAGAAAGGAAGAAAGAAAGAUACCAUGUAAAAGUUAAAUCAUUGAGUCUGUGUUGUUCAUUAAUAAUAAUAAUAAUCGUAAAAAUUUUUCAACGAUACGUAGACGAUAUAUACGUAAAUUCAUUGUUGUACGAUCGACAGCAGUUAUUAUGUGUUCAUAAUUCAUUGCCAACUGCUCUCUUUUUCUUCUUUCGAAUCAUCAUACUUCUGUGUUAAAGAAAACAAAAAAAAAGACAGAUUUAAGGAUAUACUGGUGUAGCCUAAGAUCCAUUUAAAAUAAGUUCUACGCCUCCGAUAAUUACGAUAGAUCUUGUUAUUUCUUGUAACUUGUAAAAAGUACUGAGAUUUAUUCGUAUUAACUAUUUUAUAAGCGAACUAAAAAUUUGUUCGAUCCUAUUAUUAUAUCCUACCCCGUUCCCACACUACUCGAUCCCAUAUUUUUAUAAAUAAGUUAUGCCUUUUAAACGGAUGUAAUAAUAAAGAUAAUCUAACAUUCAUGAUAGGCUCGUUGUUCUUUCGUUUUUUUUUUGUUCUUUUUUUUUUUCUUUUUUCUUUUAAAUUGUACUAUGUCUCAUAACGCAAAAUUCGACGGGGUUAUUAAUGUAUGUUGUGCAAAUGUAUCGAUAAGGUUUAUAGGUGGUCACUGGCAAUUAUACUUUUUUUUAUUACUUA